AUGACGAACAAAUUUAAGAUGUCAUUUUCUCUCUUUGUUGGGGUGAAUCAUCAUGGUGAAUCCAUACUUUUUGGUGGUGCAUCGCUAAAAAAUGAAAAAGAAGAAACUUCCAAAUGGUUAUUCGAGCAUUUCUUGAAGUGUAUGUUCAAAAAGUAUCCAUCAGCAAUAAUAACAGACCAAGAUAAAGCUAUAGGUAACGCAAUCAGCAAAGUAUUUCCAAACACUCAGCAUCGUUUUUGUGCAUGGCAUAUUAAGAAGCAUGAGCAAGUACAUAUUCGACCACUUGUAGCUCGUUAUAGUGAUUUUAAAGAUUCCUAUAAAUCAUGGAUAAAAAGUGAUACCAUAGAAGAGUUUGAAAUCAAGUGGGAAGGUAUACGUGAUAAGUAUAACUUAGAAACCAAAAGUUGGUUAACCGAGAUGUUUUACCAACGGAAACAUUGGGCUAAAGCCUUUCUAAAGGAUGUCUUCUUCGCUAGCAUGACAACAAGCGGACGGCGUGAGAGUAUUCAUUCAUUUUUUGACGGAUUUGUUAAUUCCAAAACCAUGUUGAAGGAAUUUGUUGUACAAUAUGAUAAAGCGGUUCACUCUCGAAGAGCUGCCGAAGAAGAUGAAGACUUCAAGACAAUGAACUCAAAAACAGUUCUAUUUUCUAUUCAUCCAAUAGAAGCAAAAACGGGUAAAUGUUAUACUAGAAAUAUGUUUGAGGCUUUUAAAAAAGAAUGGAUAGAAGCUAUGGGCAAUUUAACUCAUGAAAAAUUAAGCAAAAGUACAGAAAAAAUUAAGUAUAGAGUCGGCCAGUUGAAUGUUGAUAAAAUGCAUUGGAGAAUUGUUACCUUUCAUUUCUUGAAUCCAGUAAAUGUUAAGUGCUCAUGUGCUAAGUUUGAAACAUAUGGGAUAUUGUGCAAGCAUAGUUUAUAUGUGAUCAAGAAGAGACAUGUUGAAACCCUUCCUGAUCACUAUAUUUUACCAAGGUGGACACUUGAUGCUAGAUUCAAGGUGGAUAGUACCAACAUUGGAUUGGAAGAAAUCAACAAUGAAAAUGGAGUUAGUGCCUUAACGGAGUGGUGUUUUCGUGCAAACUAUAAUAAAUCAAUUGAACUUGCAAGAGACUCCUCUUUUGAGAUAAGAAAGCUUAAUAAUUUCUUGGUAAAGUUUUUAGAUGACCAGCUUAGUCGAAAAAAGGCGAAAGGACAUCCAAAUACAUCUCAAGAAUCUUGUGUAGGCAUUUCUCAAGUAGACAUGGUGCCUUAA